AGAUGGAUCGUAUGAUCCGCCAUGCCACCGUGAUCUGGAUGGAGGUUAACUCGCUAGCUGCUCCCGCUGUGAUCACUCACUGAGAUCCACCCUCGCUGGCCACGCUAUAUAAGCAUCACUCCUCCACUCCCGCUUCCUCCCACUGCUCCAGAGCGCCGAUCAAGAGUCACCAGACUGAAAAUGGCGCUCCUCCCGCUGCUCCUCGCGGCCCUCAUCGUCUCCUGCUCCGCUCAGCAGCCACCGAUGCAGCCGCCGCCAACACCCAACGCGCCGCCUGCCGGCAACCCGCCUCCUGCCCCCAACGCUCCUCCGGCCGGCAACCCGCCUCCAGCUCCCACCGCGCCCCCGGCCGCCAACCCGCCUCCAGCGCCCAACGCUCCUCCGGCACCCAUGACGCCUCCUCAGGCGCCACAGGCCCCGGCCACGCCCCCUCCGGCGCCGCAGGCUCCCGCCACCCCUCCUCCGGCUCCCACAAGUCCGCCGGCCACCCCUCCACCUGCUCCCACCACCCCGCCUCCGGCUCCCCCGACGCAGCCUCCGCCCGCUCCCACCACCCCGCCGCCGUCGCCCCUGGCCACCCCGCCUCCAGCACCCGCCACCCCGCCGCCAUCACCGCCCAUGUCUCCACCGCCCGCCACGCCUCCUCCGAUGGCGACCCCGCCCCCGUCGAUGGCGCCCACGACCGCCCCGACCAUCGCCCCGACGACAUCCCCCACCGCGACGCCCUCCAUGUCUCCGACCAGCCCGAAGACGCCCUCCCCAAUGGGCUCAACAUCUCCGUCCACAUCCCCCGUGCUCGCGCCCGGAGGCGCGCCGGUGACCGACAGCAGCAGCGCAUCCACAGCGCGCGCGGCCGGCGUCGCGGCGCUGGUGGCCUUGGCGAGCGCGGGCCUCGCCGUCUUCCUCUGAGCAGUAGGCCAGUGCAUGCUGUGUCCUCCUUCCCGCGCGUCGCUGCUGCUUUUUUCUUCUUUCGUGUCGUCAUUUAAUUUUACCGGUGGUACUACGAUCGAUCGAUUCUUGAUGUACGAUGAUGCAUUGGUUGUCCGUCCCGUCCCGUUUUUCUUUUGAUGAUCGGCGGGUAGUGGUUGGUUUAGUGCAUGUUCUGCUUCCGCUCUGUACUGUACGUGAAUUACCGCUCCAUUUUGGUUAUAUAGAGAGAGGAUUUUGUGUA